UAUACACCUGGCACGCGACUGAUACCAAACAGGAGUGAUUAUUGUCUGUACCGCCACAGUCGCGGCGCGACUGCGGUCCCGAGAGUGGUUUCUGUGCUCAAAACGGUGCCGUUUUGUUCGGAAAAGUUUAGUGUAUAGUAAUGUUAAUGAGCGUUUUAUUUUUGUAGCUCUAAAUAGCCUAACAGGAUAUGUAUUGAAUAACUAGUGAUCAGUUUAUGUUAUUAAAGUGUACAUCUCAAAAUUAUAGGUCGAUGGCAUCGUCAGAAGUACAACAGUUAUUACCAGAAGAUGAUAGUUGGCAUAUCUGGACACCGCAAAAUGAUCAGCAGUGGAUGGGCCAACACGGAUAUCACACGAUGACCACAAAUACGGGGUACCAGCAAAUGCAGCAAACCGUGCCGGACCCCAGUCCUUCGGCAGCUGUUGGGUACGGAGAUGAGUCAGGUGCCGAAGAAUAUCUGCUUGAUUUGGAUACAUUGAUCCAAGAUUUAGUUUACGACGGUCAAUCGUCGUGUAACUCUACUACAAGUAUACACCCUGUACCACAUCAACCUCCGACGGAAUCACUGUACUCUUCCGACUAUGGAUCAUGUAGAUUAAACGGAGAUCUGGGAGAUAACUAUGGCGAUUCAUACAACGGAUCAAUUUAUAUAUACCCAGCCAGUCCAGAAUCGGACAGAACGCGUCGAAAUGUUCACCAACAGCAGCAGAUUACCGGAAACUUAGUCAGCGCCAUGUCGGCGUCGCCCAUAUCUCCUAUUGAGAGUAUGGAUGCCAUUAAACCAACAAUUUCAGGAUCACAAAGCCCAGCCAAACGUCAGCCGAUGACGAAGAGGGGCCAAGGAAAGAAAUCAACGGGUACUGUAAAAACAAAUACCGUACAUAGGUGCGAACAUCCCGGGUGCGGUAAACAGUAUACAAAAAGUUCCCAUCUAAAGGCCCACCAUCGUACGCACACGGGCGAAAAACCGUACCGGUGCCCUUGGGGCACUAACGCCUCGGUGGCUGGAUUACCAGCUGUGUCUUGCAAUCGUAACGCAUUACUAUCUGGCGGAUUGGCUGACAUGACGACUUCCGACCAGGGCGUGGGCCGGUGUCCUUGGAGGUUUGCUAGAUCCGACGAACUCACUCGCCACUACAGGAAACACACCGGCGAUAGGCCUUUUAAGUGCACUCAAUGUUCGCGAGCCUUUUCGCGUUCGGACCAUUUGGCGCUGCACGUGAAAAGACAUCAGACAACUUCUUGAAUUCGAUAGCAACUAUCUGUGUUUUAGAGUAUAAUAAUAUAUUGUCUAGUAGAAACAUGCACAAUUCAAGCUUGAAACUAUUAACUUGAUCGAGACGUUUUUUCCUUGUUGAGGUCACGGCAUUUCUUUCUACCGUUCAAUAUUUGUUGAAUUCUCAACGUUAUUGGCUGUUUAUGUUUCGAAAUAUAUAAUAAAGUUUUUUUUUUUUUUUUUAAUACAACCAUCGUAUAAUUAUAGUUUACUAUUUAACACGUUGAAAUAUUUUUGUAACUUGUCCAAAACUUAUUAUUUCCAUUAUCUCGUUUAGAUCUAUUUCAUUAGUUUGUAUAUAUAAAAUUGGUUAUGUUGUUACUCUAUUGUAAAUAAAAAUAAUAUUUUUCGCUGGCGAAAAAUGUAAAACGUUCCGUUUUUAUUUCAAAGAUACGACCAAGACCGUGACUGUUUAGACUUAAUUAAUUAUAAUUAAAAUAAUUAUUGAUUUUUCGGAUGAACACUGUAUAAUAACGUAAAUUACUAUUAACACUUUUUUUGCGUUUAAUCCUAUUAAGAUAAUUACGUUGAUAAGAAGUGUAGUCCCGUUAAAUUAAACUUGCGGUAUCUAAUGACACUAAACGUACGCGUAUUGGCUAAUUGCAGAAUACGGUCAGCGGGUAACAAUGUCGACAUAAUAGUAAUAUUGGUAGUUGACAAAAAUAAUAUUAAUUGUUUACAAUUUGUCUGUGUUUUUAAUGUGCCUUAUUAUAAAUCAAAAACUGUUGGAGCUUACAUAUCAAAGUUUUUUUUUUUUUUUUUUUUUUAAUUGUAUUUAUUUGUUAUUUUUUCUUUUUCUCUUUCAUUAAUCGUGUAAUAAAUGUGUGUUGCCAUUUAAUUAAAAUAAACAAAUUUUACCAACUCGGAGUUAAUAUUUAUUUUACCGCCGAUGUAACAUAAUACUA